AUGGGUCGAACCGCCUACACCGUGGGGGCAUUGCUUCUCCUCUUGGGAACCUUACUGUCUGCCACCGAAGGGAAAAAGAAAGGAUCUCAAGGUGCCAUCCCACCUCCUGAUAAAGACCAGUACAAUGACUCAGAGCAGACUCAGACUCCCCAACAGCCUGGAUCCAGGAAUCGGGGGAGGGGCCAGGGCCGGGGCACUGCCAUGCCCGGGGAAGAGGUGCUGGAGUCCAGCCAGGAGGCCCUGCAUGUGACUGAACGCAAAUACCUGAAGCGGGACUGGUGUAAGACACAGCCUCUCAAGCAGACCAUACAUGAAGAGGGUUGCAACAGCCGCACCAUCAUCAACCGCUUUUGCUAUGGCCAGUGCAACUCUUUCUACAUUCCCAGGCACAUCCGGAAGGAGGAAGGCUCCUUUCAGUCAUGUUCCUUCUGCAAGCCCAAGAAAUUCACCACCAUGAUGGUGACGCUCAAUUGUCCCGAAUUGCAGCCACCGACCAAGAAGAAAAGAGUCACCCGGGUGAAGCAGUGUCGCUGCAUAUCUAUUGAUUUGGAUUAGGCCACAGACACCCAGCCUACCUAACGACUCAGCCCCAGAUGCGCACAGUGCCCAGUCAAAGACAGCUUGGCACUUCCUAUGCUCAAAUCCCAAAUGCAGGAAGAACCACUCACUGCCUCUGGGCAUGAGCAAGCACCUAUGUAUUUGUCUGUGCAUUGGAGCAUUGCAUGCAUGUCCAGAGGCACCAUGGGGGAUAAAACAAUCUCUUCUGGAGGGCACUUCCUAUUAUGUAAAGAGUAUCUGUUGCACUUGGGGUUGAUGCAGAUGACCCAAAUCCCUGGCAACUUCCCUCAGGCAAAUCACAAGCCGUACAGGGAUGUUGUCUUGCUUUGCCUCUGCCUUCAAUACGCCUUCUUAGGCACCUAAGAUUCUCUUCAGAAUGAGUGUUGUAUGAACAGUGGUUAACCCUGGGUUUUGUUAAGGGAGAAUGGAAAGGGACUUGCUUUCAGAUCUGUACCUGACAUAGAAAAGUGAUUUCAGAAGCUCCUUCUCCUACCCAGCCUUUGGUCCAUGCCCACAAACUCCAAAUCAAUAGCUGUUUCCAAACCAAACUCUUUUCUGUGAGCUCUCCCUGUUAUCUUCUUACCAUGGUUUUAUAUACUUUCCUCUUUGCAAAAAUACUCCAGUUACUUGGAUUGCCAGAAAAAUGGAGGUGAGACACUGAGGGGCUAGUAGUGGUCCAGGAAGUAGAAUUUAGGGGUAGGGUCCACAUGAGCUUGGAAGGAUUGAGGUAGGGUGUGUAUAGGGAAUUGAACAUGAAAACACUGUAAAAUCAUCCUUUGAAGUAGAGAUUUUUUUUUGCUGCAUGAAACAGAACCUAAGUAAAGCAAGGACUCAACAAAUGUCUUGCACAACACCCUUAACUCUAUUGUGCAUUUUGAAAAGGACCUGAAUAAAAUAUGGUAGGCUUAGCUUUGAUUUUCUCGACAUUAUUUGUCGGGAUCCAAAUUUUCAACUGUGGCACUUUCCAACCCAAGAUCAUUUUUCUAUCUUGCUGAUUUUUCCAGCCCAUCGAAAAUUCACAAUAUAU